AUGGCCAGCCCCUGCCAGAUCCUGCUGCUUCUGGGGUCCCUCUUGGCCCUCAUGUCCAGGAGUCCCCAAGCCUGGGGCACACCAAAAGUGGUGAGAAAAUUUCAAGAUAUCCCUGAGACCUACAUCUAUGUGCAGCAGGCACUAUGGUAUGCCAUGAAGGAGUACAACAAAGCCGAUGAUGACAAGUACACCUUCAGGGCCAUGAAGAUCCUGAAGUCCCAGGAGCAGGUCACAGAUAGUCUGGAAUACUAUCUUGAAGUCAAAAUGGCCCGAACAAUGUGCAAGAAAAUUUCAGGAGAAAAUGAAAAUUGCUUAUUUCAACAGGAUCCCAAAAUGCAAAAGGUGGUUUUUUGCAUCUUCAUUGUUUCAUCUAAACCCUGGAAAUUUGAACUCAAUAUGCUGAAGAAAGAGUGCAAAGAUGCCUAA